GGCGAUGUUACACGCAACAUUUAUAGAUGGAAGGAAACACGAGACAUUGAACGUCAACGACGUAAUUCUGAACCAGAUUUACUGACUAUUCCUACUUCACCUUCUGGAUUUGAGAUUGCUCGUGCAUCGACUCUCAUGGAGCCUGGCAUGUUUCGUAGGCAGUUUUUGCAAAACAAAGCCCAACGAGAACGAAAAAGACCGCCCAUGUUUAUUACAAGAAAUUUUAUUGAUUUCUUGGCAUUGUAUGGUGUUUAUGGUGGUGAUGUGUAUCCCAGUGACGACGAUGAAGAUACAGACAGCAAUGCAACCGGAUUUGCUAUUGACUCAGAGGAUUUGGUUGAUGAAGAGAUGGGUCGUGGUGGCCGAUCUGAACGCCUUACUUAUGAAGAAGUGGGUCGUAAUCAUCACGAUGAAUCUAAAGCAUUUUUCAUGUUACUCAAGGCAUUCGUUGGAACUGGCGUGUUGUUCCUCCCAAAAGGAUUUCUCAACGGUGGUCUUGGAUUCUCAAUGGUUCUUUUGGUUGUACUGGGAUACCUCACGCUCCAUUGUAUGAUCCUUUUAGUUGAUACCAGUCGAUCUCUUGGUGGAAAAUCCUUUGGAGACAUUGGUGGGCAUAUCUACGGUCCAUACAUGCGACAGCUCGUUUUAGCUUCAAUUGCUAUUUCUCAAAUGGGAUUCUGUUGUGCUUAUUUUAUUUUCGUUGGUCAAAAUCUACGUGAUCUUCUCAUGGUUUCCUCUGGAUGUCGCAUCAUUUGGCCUGACUGGGUGUUUAUCCUUAUUCAGCUUGCAGUCUACAUUCCACUUUCAUGGGUUCGUCGUAUCAAAAACUUUGGCAUCACAUCUCUUAUUGCGGAUGUGUUCAUUCUACUAGGUCUUGGUUACAUUUUCAUGUACGAUCUCUCUGUUAUUGGACAAACGGGUAUUAAACCCACUGCAUGGAUCAAUAUUGAAUCAUUUUCCCUGUUUGUUGGAACAGCCAUGUUUGCAUUUGAAGGCAUAUGUCUGAUACUUCCUAUUGCCGAAUCCAUGCAACAUCCGCAGAAAUUCUCAAGUGUCUUAUCUUGGUGCAUUCUUCUUAUUGGCACAAUCUUCAUCACUAUUGGCACAUUGGGAUAUAUGAGUUUUGGUGACCAAAUUGAAACAGUUUUAUUUUUAAAUCUUCCUCAAAAUCCUUUGGUCAACAGUAUUCAAUUCUUUUACGCCGUGGCAAUUAUGCUCUCGUUUCCAUUGACCAUCUACCCAGUUAUUCGUAUUACAGAACAAAAACUUUUCGGACACUAUUCUCGAACAGGAAAAUCGUCUCCAGUGGUAAAAUGGCAAAAGAAUCUCUAUCGAGCUGUCUUGGCUUGCAUGCUAGGCGUCAUUAGCUGGGCCGGAUCAACCAGUCUUGACAAGGUGGUCAGUUUAGUUGGCUGUUUUGCGUGCAUCCCUCUAUCUUUUAUCUACCCAGCGUUAUUCCAUCUGCACAUAACAACAUCGUGGUGGGCGAGGGUUACAGACUGGAUGUUGGUUGGCUUUGGUACAGUUGCAAUGGUGUAUACGACUUUUGUUACCUUGGAGCAAUGGGCUAUCAAUGGUCCAGAUACUCCUCGCGAUCGGUGCCAUGAUGCUAUGGGAACCCAAUUACUUGAAUUACCCAGUUUUGGGCUAUGGUAACUGUGUUGUGCAAAGAUACAGGUUCUUGUUUUUUUACGGCUAGCGACAAUGGGCAUAAAAAUAAAUGAAAAAUUGUAGGC